AUCAAAACUUCUCCGUACAUAUACAUACACAUAUUUAUAUAUAAUCUCUCUCUCUCCUCAUCUGUUUCGGAAUUUUGAUUUCCCAGGAAGGUUUCGAACCCGAUCGUUUCGUCGGAAGUCCCGAAAGCUUUUUGAGAACGGGAGAAUCAGCAAUGGAAUAAGACAUUCCAGAAUAUUAUGAUAUAAAUUACUUUUAAAAUUCGCUGGCUCAUUUGCCUGAAAGCUGGUUCAGAGGGAGGGGGAGAGAGAGAUGGUGGAGUUCGUUAGGGAGGCUUUCGAGGGGGGAGAAAUUGACAUGGACCAUGAAUUCGAUGCGCCCAAGUUCUUCGAUUUCACUCGGCCGGAGACUGGUCUGGAGGCCGAGGAGGCGGAGGAAUGGUUCCUGUCAGGAGGUUAUCAACCCUCGCGUAAGCGAUUUCAAAAACAUUGCUUUCCUUGAAAAAUUGUUGAAUUGGCAAAAAGGGAUUCAUCCGGAACCUGUAAAAAACUCCGCCGAACCAAAAGACGUUGAAGAAGUUGAAGUUAUCAGAUGUAUUGACUCAAAUAAUUGCAUGGAAGCGGAGGUCUCUGCAGUAGUAGACGAUAAUAUUAGAGAACUCCCUAUUCACAUGGCUCAAGACACUCCAAGCGCUAAACCAAAGUCCCCGGGCAAGUCACCACCUCUAUCAAGGAGUUCAACGCUAAUGAAACCCACGGCAAGUCAGCUGGCCAAGCAAAAGCACCGCCGAGAAGUUCACUCCAACCGGUUAUUAAGGAGAGUGGCGAAAAAGCUCGGGAAACUUGAUGAGAAAUCACAGAAUUCUCCACCACCUACGAAAAGACAGAAGUUGGAGGCUGGCUAUGUACGCAAGCAGGUUGCUGAACAGCUCAAGCAUCAACCUCUUUGGUUAUACAAGGUGCCGAAAAAGUUUUUCGUGGUGUCAUGCAGGUCGGAGCUGAUGCUGCCAGACCUAAAGUUACCGUUUCGAAGGAACCAAAUUUGGAAACAGCAAAUAGAGCACAAAGACGUAGGUAUAAGGUUAAUGCCAAACCAGGAGAACAAUCAAAAAUUCACAGGGCUCCUCCAUGGCCUAGCCCGAAAAAGAGCACAAUUCCAGCAACAGAGUUUCAGGUGUUUUGCCUUCCAACAUCAGCGCGAGCUAUGUAACAGACAUGCCAUCAUCACGUAACAAAUGGACCUAAUUCUAGUUAUUUAUCAGAAAAUGAGACUACAGAGAUCGAAAGGUAACUAUCUCUGCCUUUUAGCUUUUCAAAUGAAUCCCAUCUUUUGUAAUGUCUGUAUAGUUUUACCUUGCACUCAUGGAAUUUUUCCAUCUUCAAAUUUGAUAUUUACUUUUAAGGUUAAUAAUUUCAAUAGUAAAGAAAAAGGCGAUCCCAAGCCAACGAGGCUUCCCGCUUUACGAAGGUCGAGGGAACGUCUAUCGUACGCGGAGUUAUCCAUGCUUUGCAAAGAGGUUGUUUCUAUAAAUCAAACCCGUGACAUUUCGCUCACAAAUGAGUAAUCUUUCCGUUGCGUCAAGGCUCGCCCUCAAUAAUUCCAAUUAUAAACCCUUAAAUCAAGAAUCAAAACACUUUUGAUUCUUGUUCUAUGUAAGUAAACAUGUCACCGGAUGAGAAUCGUUGCAGCUAUCUAAAUGUUUUGAUAUUACUGUUUUGCACAGGUCAAACUCUGUGUAUGCCUUAAAGCUGGAGAAAAGUGGAAUGGUUUAUAAAUGCGUAGCUUGCUCUCUUAAAACUAAGUAACUUUCCAGAUCCGGUCUAUAACUACAGGAACAUCUUCUAGAGUCAAAGUAGUAAAACAACAUCUGAACAUCCUGGUUCUAUAUAUGCAGUGGCAGGCUGAACCAGAACUCACAUUGAUCUCGGCAAUGUUCAACAGCUCAUCCCGUAAGUUCCCCUUUCUCACCAUAGUAGCGAACCAACCCCCUCAUUUCAGCCCAACUAUAAACCAGCACUGCUCUUUGCACACUUGAUGUCGGUCGCUCUCCUUUUUCGUGCAUGCGUUACACGCAUUUGCAGCUUAUGUCGGUCGCUCUCCUUUUACAUGCGUGUGUUACACGCGCUUGACAUAAGAAAAAAAAAAUUGUAAUGGCGUUAGCAUGACGUUAUGCUGACAUCAGCGUGUCCGCUAAUGCAAGAUCGGGCUUCUUUUUCUUUUGGACGGACUUUGCACGGCGCACCAGUUGCCCUUGCAAAAUUGGACAGCUGGAAAUGAUUAAAUGGAUUGGAGGGCAUGUUUUGGGUUCUUAUCCUUGCCUCUACCAACCGAUGAACAUGCUCCAAAGUCAAGAAAUUGUUGUAAAAAGAGGUGGAAUAAUGCCCUUAACUGGUAUUGUAAUGUGGUGGAAUACUUUGUUUAUGUAAAUUUUGAAAUUAUCAGCUGUAUGUCAGAAUUUUUAAUUUGAUAAUUUGAAAGGCUUCAUGAAUUAUAAAGAGGCAGUUGUUUU